AUGACAUCUGGAUGGUGUGGAAAAAUUGCUGAUACAUUUUAUGACAUAUUCAAUGGUGGGUGGCCCUCUGAUCAAUUAACAAGAUCAUACAGCAAAAGUGAUAAUGUAGUAAAUAACAAUAUUAACAAUACGGAUAAUAAUAAUUAUUAUAUUGAUCAAGAUAUUAUCGAUAGAAAUAAUUAUUUUGAUGAAAAUCCUCGCGAACGAUCAGGAUCAUUAUGUAGUUGGACUGGAACAGGGUUCAAUAGUUAUGAAUACAAUCAAGAAUAUCGACAACAAUAUUUUCCCCAAAAUAAAAAUACAUAUACAGGCUAUGAUACAUUAUUUACUUGUAAUCAUCAACGAAAUGAACUGGGUAUUGCAACGAUUUCUAACACACCAUUGAAUAUAUUAUACUAUCAGCCAAAAUUUGAAAAAGAUGGAAAAUAG